CUCAAGUUGAGUAGAAAAAGUCUCUUCAAGCCCCCCAGUCCAAUUCCUCAUUUCCGUUCCUAAUACUUCGUCAAAUCUUUAUUAAUUUUCUCUGCUUCUACUUCGGAUCUGUCAUUUCUCUAAACAACAAACAAUCAUUACAAUACUAAUCUCACCGUGUCUCUCUACAUUGAUACACAAGACAAAGAGAGGGUGGCACGAAUCCGAUUGUUUGUUUGGUCUAAUUCACUGACUGUUUGGAAGCCGAGAAAAUAAAUACAAACACCCAUUUUCUUGGAUCCACCGCCAGAAAUUGAUGAGAAAAUACAGAAUUACAUGAUUGAAGAAAAUUUUCUUUCUGUUGAUAGAAAACGAUGAACAGCAAGGAAUCAGCGAAACUAGAUGACGAACAGCUUUCGGAGCUCCGAGAAAUGUUCCGAUCCUUCGAUCGGAACAACGACGGAAGCCUAACUCAACUCGAAUUAGGCUCGCUGUUGAGAUCGCUAGGUCUGAAACCGAGUCCCGACGAGAUCGAAACCCUAAUUCAGAAAGCGGAUAGAAACAGCAACGGUCUCGUGGAGUUCUCGGAGUUCGUGUUGCUGGUGGCGCCGGAGCUACUUCCGGCGAAGUCGCCGUACACGGCGGAGCAAUUGAAGCAGCUGUUUCGGAUGUUCGAUCGGGACGGGAACGGGUACAUCACGGCGGCGGAGCUGGCGCAUUCGAUGGCGAAGAUGGGACACGCGUUGACGGCGGAGGAGCUGACUGGGAUGAUCAGAGAGGCCGAUACCGAUGGCGAUGGAAGGAUUAGCUUCCCGGAGUUCUCUCAGGCAAUCACUUCGGCGGCAUUUGAUAAUUCUUGGGCUUGAAAUUUUGCUUCUCAAUCUCAGAUUUCUAUCUUCCCAAACACAGUUUGCCAGCAGAUGAUUCUGUUCUGUUCAAGACAUGCACAUAAUGCAGAAGUUUGAUAAUGCAAGGAUGGAGUUUCUUCUUGUACUCACACACAUAAUCCAAUUUUCUCAUCUUCUGCAUUGCAAGACUCAAAAUCAUUCAUCCGUGAGCCAUUUUUCUCGUUGUGAAAAUUAGAUUUUCCUUCUUGGUUAUCCGAGUUUUUUUGGGUUUGUCUUUGUAUUUUUCUUCAAAUCAGAUAAGAACAUCCUUUUGUUUUGAGGUUCUCAGUGCUUUGAAUGUCCCAGCCACCUGUUUAUAGCUUUGAUUUUAUUGAGGCCGGUCAAUCAAUUUUUCACAAUGGACCAUUUUCAA